AUCCAAGUUCAUCCAUCUCCGAAUUAUAUUCGGUGAACUCUGUAAACGAUAUAACCCUGACUCUUUAUUGAGGCUAUCUUUACCUAAACAAUCCGCACUAUUGUUUCCUUCUCGCCAAAUAUGUAAUAUCCUUACCUCCCAUUCCUUGUGUCUCCACUGAUCAAUUUGUUUUAGCAGAUUAGAGUAAGGGCUUAAGUGAGGUGGCUUGUCCAGAAGCAAAAUCGCUGCCUUUGAGUCUGUUUCGACAAUCACUCUCUUAUGUCCAACUUCCCAGGCCAACUGUAGUCCAUGUAUGAUUCCCCAUAGCUCCGCAGCAAUAUUCGAAGCCACUCCCAAAUGCACCUCAAAUGCCGUCCUUUAUUUCUCACAACACCACCUUAAAAAAGACUAGUGAAUUCUUUUUUCUCAUGUUUCUGUAUAAAAUUUCCCUCUUUUCUUUCAUACUUGUAUAAGUCAGCCAGAACCUUCUAUUUCUACCUAAGAAAAUGGUCUCAACCUUCACUCUCCCCUCAAAACAAUUAUCAUCCUGAACGCUAUCUAUGUUUCACGGAUUAAUUACCCUCAACAAUUUUUUUUUUGUGUAGAUUUUCUUUGUAAAAAGAAAAGGGUCUAAAAGUAAUAAAAAUAGCAUUUGAUUUUGUGCUCAGAGUUAAGAGUGAUCAAACGAAAUGCUCAGACCAAAAACCUUCCGUGAACCGCUGACCACUCUCCUCCUCUCCUUCCACCACCACCACCUGAGACCCUUAACCACCGCUGCCACCACCUCCACCGCCACAACUCUUCCUCAUCCCACCAGUCCCAUAACACCAGUAAACGAAGCCCACCUUCUCAGAGUCUGCACAAUCCUGUACCAACAACAGAACUCCCCAGGCUCCAAACUCCACAACAGCCUCACCAGCACCCCUUUCCACCUAACCCAUGAAUUUUUCCUCCAAGUCUGCAACAAAUUCCCAUAUUCAUGGAGACCCGUCUACAAAUUCCACCAAUUCACCCAAAGCCAACCCCAUUUUCACCACACCUCCAUCACCUUCAACAAGAUGCUUGAUGUCGUUGGCAAGGCAAGAAACAUAGACCUUCUCUGGAACUUGCUUCAAGAAAUCGGCCGUCUUCGGUUGGUUACUACUAGAACUUAUAUCAUUGCUUUGAAAGUGCUAGCUUCUGCUAGAGAAUUAAAGAAAUGCGUCGAGCUUUUCCAUACUAUGAAUGGGCUUGGAUUUGUUUGCAGUUUGGAUACUCUGAAUAAGGUAGUUGAGGCUCUGUGUAAGGGAAAACUUGUUUUGGAGGCUAAUUACGUUGUAGUCAAGUUGAAAGAUAUUAUUAGGCCGAAUUGGAUUACCUAUAGGUGGCUGAUUUAUGGUUUUUGUGAUGUGGGGAAUUUGAUUGAGGCCUCAAAGUUGUGGAAUUUGAUGGUAGAUGAAGGCUUUGAGCCAGAUAUCGAUACAGUUGAGAUAAUGCUGGAGACCCUUUUUAAAAAUAAUAAGUUUGGUGAUGGGAUGAAGCUUUUUCAGUCAAUGAGGGUGAAGAGGAUGGACGAUUUGGGGGUGUCUACGUAUCGGCUUGUGAUCCACUGGUUGUGCAAGAAGGGGAAGUUGGGGGAAAGUUAUGUGGUGUUUGAGGAAAUGCGCGAGAGAGGAAUUAAACCGGAUAAUGCUACGUUGGGGUCUAUAGUUUAUGGGCUAAUGAGUAGAGGAAGGGUGAGGGAGGCUUAUAAGGUUGUUGAUGGGAUCGAAGAACCGGAUAUUAGUGUUUAUCAUGGGAUGAUCAAGGGGCUUUUGAGAUUAAAAAGUGCAAGUGAAGCAACACAAGUGUUUAGGGAGAUGAUAAAGAAGGGCUGUGAGCCAACAAUGCAUACGUAUGUUAUGUUGCUGCAAGGACAUUUGGGGAGGCGAGGGAGGAAGGGAUCUGAUCCGUUAGUGAAUUUUGAUACCAUUUUCGUUGGGGGGUUGGUGAAAGCAGGGAAGUCUUUGGAAGCAACCAAAUAUGUGGAGAGAGUGAUGAAUAGAGGACUUGAAGUCCCAAGGUUUGACUACAAUAAGUUCUUGCAUUAUUAUUCCAAUGAAGAAGGUGUGAUAAUGUUUGAGGUGAUGAAUAAGAAGCUAAGAGAGGUUGGGUUGUUUGAUCUAGCUGAUAUAUUUGCUAGGUAUGGGGAGAAAAUGGCAACGAGGGAUCGAAGGAGAAACAGAACAGUUGAGCCAAUUGAAUAGAGUUGAAAGAGUACGCUUUUUACUGGCUUGUUAUGUGUAAAGGCCAUUUCAGAUUGUUCUUGAAGGUCAGGUUAGGAAAAUGGAUCUGGUACGGUGGCUUUUGAAAAUAUGUUGCCUGAACUACAAUUCCCAUUUUGCAGAUGUGGUACUCCUUGUACAAAAAGAAAUACCCCAUUUCUGGCCAGCUUAAGGUCGCAGGUGGAUCUGUUUCAAGAAUCUGGCACAGCAAUGGGCUUGUGUCCUAUCCUGGUUGAUGUAACCCCCACCUUUGUACAGAAAUCCUAUUGGCUUUAAAUAUACAAAAAAUAAUUCUUCUCUGCUCUUCCAUCA